AUGGAGUCACAAUUCAAAGUAGUCAUCAUCGGUGACGCUGCAGUUGGAAAGACUGCAUUCGUAAGACGCCACAUGUCUGUACCUGUAGAUUCUGAGGAAAGAUAUACUCCGACGCUUGGAGUCGAUGUAUACCCCGUGAAAUUUACAACUAAUUACGGACAUGUUACAUUCGCCGUGUGGGACACGGCUGGCCAGGAGAAGCUUGCAGCUCUUCGUGAUGGGUACUACGCCGGCGCACAUGCUGCCAUCAUAAUGUUUGACGUUUCUUCGCGGGUAACGUAUAAAAAUGUCUCCUCCUGGUAUAGGGACAUUGAGCGGAUAUGCCCCAACAUUCCCGUCGUUCUAUGCGGCAACAAGGUUGAUGUUAAAAAUCGCCAGGUCCAAGCAAGGUCAAUGACGUUUCAUCGUAAGAAACGUAUCCAGUACUUCGACAUGUCUGCCCGUGCAAACUUCAACAUUGAGAAACCGUUUCUGUGGCUAGCAAGGACACUUACACAGAAGCCUGACCUGGUAUUCCAAGGUGACCAUUUUAAGGCACCUGAGCUUUCCAUUGAUGAGGCGCAUAGAAUGCAAUUAGAGAAAGACCCGGCAGAGGCAGAUGAUGAUGAUGAUGAUGAUGAUGAUGAUGAUGAUGAGGAUGAUCUUUAA